ACGAUUUUCAAAUAAAUAAAAGUACGAAUUUGGAAUAUUUGUAAUUCUCUUCACACCUUUUUGAUAGAGAAGGUACAUUCUUCAUACUCAACUUGAAAGGAUACUUUGAUAAUUGAACUGAACUUAAACAAUUUUCAUUAAAUUAAACAGAUUAAGUUGUUGUAAUGUAAUCAUUUUCUAUCAUUGUAAUUUCAUUAGUAGCCACUGGCAAAAUAAAAACUAACCUUAAAUUACAAGGACAGUCAUAAAGUUGGUUAAAAUUAGACCGUGAAUUAUACACUCUAAAAUAAGAUUUUAAAUUGACUUUUUUUGUGAAUGGUAUUGGAUAAUGAGUCAUUUAUUUGACUCAUACAUCCAACAAAUAUUAUUUUCUGAAAUGCAAUGAUUAUUGUAAUAAUUUCUUAAAUUAAAUUGGGAAAAUAAAAAAUGGACCUCGUGGAUUGAAAAAGAGGGAAGGGGUGAGGGGAAGAGGGUCUCGUUUGUCUUCCGUCUUGGUUGAAUCCAAGAGGGGAGGAAGAAUUUUUUUUUUUUUUUUUUGGAGGAGAAAGAAAAGAGAUUCUGGAACUCAAUCAAUCCAUGCCCCUUUCACAUUCUUGAGAUUCAUCUUUCUCCUUCAGAUUUCAGAUUCAAAGCCUUUCAAUUCUCCCCUCGGCUAACUUCUCCGGCUAUUCUUCCCAAUGUCGUUGUGAUUCCUGAAUUUCAACUGAAAAUCCCAGGUUGGAGCAUUUUGACAUUUCUGGAUCUUGCCCAUGGGUAAUUGUUGUGCUACUCCUGGCACUCCUUCGGCUAAGCCUAAAGGUAAACACAAGAAGAAGGCCAAACCAUUUUCUGCUAAAGAUGGCGGGAAGAAUGUGAAUGGUUCUGGUAAUAAUAAGCUUCAGGUGUUGAGUGAUCCAACUGGUCAUGAUAUUUCGGCUCAUUAUGAUCUUGGUCGCGAGCUUGGUCGAGGUGAAUUUGGUGUAACAUAUUUAUGCACAGAUACAAAUACAGGUGAAAAGUUUGCUUGUAAAUCUAUAUCAAAGAAGAAACUUAGGACUGCUGUUGAUAUUGAGGAUGUGCGAAGAGAGGUUCAAAUAAUGAAGCAUUUGCCCAAGCAUCCGAAUAUUGUUACCCUGAAGGAUACUUAUGAGGAUGAUCAGGCAGUUCACAUUGUGAUGGAACUGUGCGAGGGUGGGGAAUUGUUUGACCGAAUUGUUGCAAGGGGGCAUUACACAGAGCGUGCAGCGGCUGUUGUUAUGCGGACAAUUGUUGAAGUUGUUCAGGCUUGUCAUAAACAUGGAGUGAUGCAUCGUGAUCUCAAACCAGAGAAUUUUCUUUUUGCAAACAAGAAGGAAUCAUCCCCGUUGAAAGCAAUUGAUUUUGGACUGUCUAUCACUUUUAAACCAGGUGAACAAUUCAAUGAAAUAGUAGGCAGUCCUUAUUACAUGGCCCCAGAGGUCCUAAAAAGGAAUUAUGGUCCAGAAGUUGAUGUUUGGAGCGCUGGGGUUAUCCUCUAUAUUUUACUCUGUGGCAUUCCACCAUUUUGGGCAGAAACUGAACAGGGUGUAGCACAGGCAAUUAUUCGCUCGGUUAUUGAUUUUAGGAGAGACCCGUGGCCAAGAGUCUCUGAAAAUGCAAAGGAUCUUGUAAGAAAAAUGCUUAAUCCUGAUCCCAAGCGGCGCCUUACUGCUCAGGAAGUUCUAGACCAUCCAUGGUUACAAAAUGCUAAGAAGGCUCCGAAUGUUCCAUUAGGUGAGACGGUGAAAGCAAGACUCAAGCAGUUUUCUGUGAUGAACAAGCUCAAGAAACGAGCCCUAAGGGUGAUUGCUGAGCAUUUGUCGGUGGAGGAAGUAGCUGGCAUAAAGGAGGCAUUUGAUAUGAUGGACGUUGAGAAGAGAGGGAAGAUAAAUCUCGAGGAGCUGAGAAGUGGAUUGCAAAAGCUUGGACAACAGAUUCCAGAAACAGAUCUUCAGAUACUUAUGGAAGCAGCUGGUGUUCAGGAUGAUGGAACUCUCAACUACGGAGAGUUUGUUGCAGUUUCAAUCCACCUCAAAAGGAUGGCAAAUGACGAGCACCUGCAUAAAGCUUUUGCAUUCUUUGAUCAGAACCAGAGUGGUUUCAUCGAGAUUGAAGAGCUUCGAGCUGUGCUGCUAGACGAUGAAGAAACGAAUAUUGAGGAUGUCAUCAGUGCCAUUAUGCAUGAUGUCGACACGGAUAAGGAUGGGCGCAUAAGCUAUGAAGAGUUUGCAGCCAUGAUGAAGGCAGGAACUGAUUGGAGAAAAGCGUCAAGACAAUAUUCACGGGAAAGAUUCAACAGUCUGAGCUUGAAGUUGUUCAGAGAAGGGUCAUUGAAACUUACAAGUUAA